AUGUCGACUCAACCACUUUUGCAAACUACCCCAGGGAAAAGAAUUGCACUCCCGGUUAGAGUGGAGCCCAAGGUCUUCUUCGCUAAUGAACGGACUUUUCUCUCUUGGCUCAGCUUUGCUGUUGUUUUAGGUGGCUUGUCUGUUGGUUUGCUGAACUUUGGUGACAGGAUCGGAAGGAUUAGCGCUGGUCUCUUUACCGUUGUGGCCAUAGGAACGAUGGGAUAUGCUUUAUCAAUUUAUCAUUGGAGAGCUUCUGCCAUACGAAGAAGAGGAAGUGGUCCUUAUGAUGAUCGCUUGGGACCUACCAUCUUAUGUUUCGUCUUAUUAGCUGCCAUUUUGACGAAUUUUAUUUUAAGAACCUUUUUUUAA